CAGAAUGACAGUUUCACAUUUAAACAUGAUUGCUGUCUUGAGACCAGGAUGUAGCCAAAUUAAAAAAGACACAGCAAAGAUCAGUUUGCACAUAUUUAAAUGUAUGCUUUCAAACUAAGUCACGAUUGGUUACUCUUUUAUAGCAACUAGGCUGCCCCCUCUAAACUGGAACUGGUUUUUGUUUUAUGGCUUGAGAUCAGGAUAUAGUCAAAUUAGGAAAAGACAGUAAAAGCAGCAAAGAUCAGUUUGCAGUACUUUGGAAUAAUAACUGAAACAGACGACAGAUGAAAUUAUUGAUGCUGAGAUGAACAAACAAAGAAGAAAAACAGAAACCGAGAGGAGGGCUGGAGACAGAGGACAGUGGGCCAGUAAAACAGAAUAUAUUCUGGUCGUUGCAGGAAAUGUGGUCGGCCUGGGCAACGUGUGGAGAUUUCCUUACCUCUGCUACAAGAAUGGUGGAGGUGCCUUUCUGGUGCCGUAUGGCCUGUUAGCUGUGGUGUGUGGGAUACCUCUGUUCCUACUGGAGACCUCAGUUGGUCAGUACACCCAGGAAGGAUUCAUCACGUCUUGGAGGAAAAUAUGUCCACUGGCACAAGGAAUUGGAUUUGGACAACUGAUGAUUUCACUCUGUUUCUUCAUCUACAUUUUAAUUGAAGCCUGGGCUCUUUUCUACCUGGUGUUCUCAUUCAGUUCCCAGCUCCCCUGGGCCAGCUGUGAGAACACCUGGAAUACAGCUAACUGUCUUGAUCUUCAGACUUUCAAUUCAUCUAAUGUGACAGCAGUUCAGACCAACACCACCUCUGCUGCAACUGAGUUCUGGGAGCGGCGGGUGCUGGCCAUGUCUGGAGGCAUUGAGGAGCUGGGUAGUGUGAGGUGGGAGCUGGCCUUGUGUCUUCUGGCCUGCUGGGUGUUCUGCUACUUCAGUAUCUGGAAAGGUGUCAGAUCUUCUGGAAAGGUAGCGUAUUUCACAGCCACGUUCCCCUACGUAAUGCUCCUGACCUUACUCAUCAGAGGCUUGACUCUACCUGGAGCUUGGGAAGGGAUCUAUUACUACCUGUAUCCAGACCUGAACCGCCUGGCUAACCUUGAGGUCUGGAUAGAGGCCGGAUCUCAAAUACUUUUCUCCUACAGCCUGACUGCAGGGACUCUAAAUGUUCUGGGCAGCUAUAAUGAGUACAACAACAACUGUUACAAGGAUUGCUUUUGGCUCUGUCUGCUGAACAGUGGGACCAGUUUUGUUGCCGGAUUUGUCGUCUUCUCUGUACUCGGAUUCAUGGCUCAGAAACAGGGUGUUAAUGUCGACAAUGUGGUUGAGUCAGGUCCAGGUUUGGCCUUCAUUGCUUACCCUCAGGCAACAGCUAUGAUGCCUUUGCCACAGUUCUGGACUGUCUGCUUCUUCCUGAUGCUCAUUCUGCUGACUGUCGACACACAUUUUGUGAUUGUGGAGAGUUUUAUCACCACAGUGAUCGACUUGUUUCCGAAGUUGUUUCGUGCACCUUUGAGGCGUGAGAUCUUUGUCCUCGCCAUCUGUGUAUCCAGCUUCUUCGUACAUCUCACCAUGGUUACAGAGGGAGGAAUUUAUGUAUUCCAACUCACUGACUUCUAUGGCUCUACCAGAGUUUGUCAGAAUUUUAUGGCUAUUUGUGAAUGCCUGGCUGUGGGCUGGGUUUUGGUGAGUGCUGACCGCUUUUCUAAUAUUAUUGAGGACAUGACAGGACAGAGGCCGUCUGUUUUCUUUAAACUGUGCUGGAAAUACGUUAAUCCUCUGCUAUCACUGAUUUCCUUAAUCCUCUACCUGGUUGAUUACAAACACCUCAAGAUUAACGACUGGUACAUUUACCCUGACUGGGCGUACGCACUAGGAUGGACUUUGACCCUCACCUCUGUUCUCAUGGUGCCACUGUGGGCAGCUGGACAGGUGUUUUUGACAGCAGGAACCUUCAGACAGCGUUUGUCUGUCCUUUGUCGUCCUGCUGAAGAUCCAGCCUGGCAGAGGAAUAAAAUGAGAGAGGAGGGAACGGCUGUUGAACUGACGUCUGCAGUGUUAACUUAGUGUGACCUGCAAAGUCAAAUUAACUAGACAUUUCGCCUAUCAUACUGUAAAUAAGCUUAUUGUAAUCAGUGUAGCUAGGAGAUUUAAAUGGCAAAGCUCAAAAUAGUGCUGAAACAACCAAAAUUAAACCUAAACAACAUCAAUUUUGAUGCUAGAUCAUUUUAGCCAUUUAUCAAGCAAAAAUGCCAAAUGUGACGAUUCAUUUGUGGCUUUUCUGUUUUAUUUUAAUGGUCCAGUGUGUAGGAUUUAUUGGCAUCUAGCGGUGAAAUUGCAUUUUGCAACCAUUUGAAAACUGCUCGCAUCACCCUCCCCUUCUGAGCAUGUAGGAGAAACUAUGGUGGCCGUGAACCUCGCAAAAACUGGGAAAAACGCGAAUGGCCCUAUCUAGAGCCAGUGUUUGGUUUGUCUGUUCUGGGCUACUGUAGGAACAUGGCAGCGCAACAUGGCGACCUCCGUGAAAGGGGACCCGCUCCCUGUGUAAAUAUAAAUGGCUUAUUCUAAGCGUUUGUCUGUCCUUUGUCGUCCUGCUGAAGAUCCAGCCUGGCAGAGGAAUAAAAUGAGAGAGGAGGGAACGGCUGUUGAACUGACGUCUGCAGUGUUAACUUAGUGUGACCUGCAAAGUCAAAUUAACUAGACAU